AUAACCCAGCAGCCGCCUCCCACCUUCACUGCCCUCGUGCAGGAGGGAAUGGCUCACGCAGAGCGCAUCAUCAAGUCCGUCAUGCUCCCUGUCGGCUCCCCCUCCAGCCCUCAUUUCGCACCGCCAGCGCAGCAGCAGGCCUCGUCGGACCAGCCGCCGCCGGCCGAGGGACCGCCGCCCACGCCAACGGGCUUCGUCAUGGGCCCAAUCAGUGCCAAGGCGGCCGAGAUAUUUGUCAAGAGCUUCCUGCAGUUGAUACCUACUGCAGAUUUACAAAUUCUGCAGAAAGUUUUGGAUAUGAAAGGCAUCAAGCGAAGUGACCAGUUUACUAUCAUCGAUGAGUUUCGCACAGCGCUCAAAUCAAAGCAAACGCAAGAUCAGUCUGAGUCGAAGGAAGGUUCAACUAUCACGGAGCACUCCACCUUCGCCGGUAGUAUGAAAAACCUGCGUUGCAAAAAGUGA